CCUAAAUUUUUGCAGGGAAAGCAUAUGUUUAGCGAAGUCAGGUCUUCAGAAAUGUUUUUGGGAGGCCGUUUAGCAACCUGACUACACUGCCAUGGUUGGGGAUUUGUGUUUAAAAGGAAAGUUAGGAGCAGCUCUUUUGCUUCGGAGAAAGUUGAUAAGACAAGGUUUUGUUGUUGAUUUACUCACACACAAUUAUCUUCUUAAUGGACUGUGUAUAAACUGUGAUAUGGAGAUAGCAGAUUCUCUUUUUAGGGAAAUGUUAGAAAGGGGUCCUUCUCCCAGUUGUGCCACAUACAACAUUAUUAUUAAGGGUUUCUGCCUUCAUAGGAAUAUGGAUAAAGCUCUCGACCUAUUUUAUACCAUGGCUAAUAGUGGUAUUAAGCCAAGUAGAAUUACCUAUAACAUACUUUUACAUGCAUUGUGCAAGAGAGGCAUCCUGGAGGAUGCUCGGAAGCUUCUUGAAGAUGUCCUUGAUGAUGAUAUUAAAACAACAGUUGAUGCAAUCACAUCAACUAUAUUAAUGGAUGGUUACUUUAAAGGUGGAGAUAUGGUUCAGGCUAUUGCUUUAUGGUCUGAGAUGGUUGAAAAGAAGACAGAGAUUGAUGUCGUUGCAUACAACGUCCUUAUUCACGGGCUUUGUUUGAAUCAAGAUAAGAAAAUUGCAUUUGGCUGUGUUGUUGAUAUGAUCAAGAGGGGUUUUAUUCCGGAUAUCUUUACAUACAACACUCUAAUCAGUGAUCUUUGUAAAGAGGGCCAAUUUGAUGAGGUUUACUAUAUCCAUGAUGUCAUGUCACGAAUGGGUGUUUCUCCAGAUCAUAUUUCAUACAAAAUGAUUAUUCAAGGUCUAUGUAUUCGUGGAGAUGCUAUCAAAGCUAAUGAGUUUCUUCAUUCAAUGUUAGAGAAAUCGAUGGUGCCUGAGCCUCGUAUCUGGAACCUGAUAAUUGAUUGUUAUGGAAGGUAUGGAGAUCUGAGCAAUGCAAUCUCCAUCAGGGAUCAGAUGUUGGCCACCGGCGUGCUACCAAAUGUAUUUACUUACAAUGCGUUGAUUCACGCACAAGUUAAAGGAGGGAACAUAUUCAAUGCUUAUUCUCUGAAAAAGGAUAUGCUUUUGUUAGGUCAUUUUCCAGACGUUGUUACUUAUAAUUUAUUGAUAAGUGGUGCCUGUAAGUGUGGACAAAUUCGUUUUGCCCUUCAAUUAUAUGAUGAAAUGCUGAGGAAGGGGUACGAACCAGAUAAGAUAACCUACACAGAACUAAUAAGAGGUCACUGUAUAUGUGGUGACAUGAAGGAGGCAGAAGAUCUAUUUAUGAAGUUACAUAGAUCUGGGUUGCCAAUGGAUAUUGUCCCAUUUAAA